AUGUUGUCAAGAACACUCAUAACAGCCGCAGCACAUGCUUCAACUCUCCACAUCCAACUUUCCACGUCCAUCAUAUCCCUAACCUCCCCCUUCACCCGCGCCUCUUUACGCACACUCCAAAACGCCAUUAUUGCGCAUGCAACAACGUCCAAGACUCCAGUGACCCCAGGAGAAGUCAACGCAGCGGUCCUUGUUCCGUUGUGUAACGUCGAUGGUGUACCCGGCGUGCUACUCGAACUGCGAGGCGGUAAACUGAGGUCCCAUGCUGGCGAAGUCAGUUUCCCUGGUGGAAGGGUCGACCCAGCAGAUGCAUCGUUUCUUGCUGCUGCGCUCAGAGAAACACAAGAAGAAGUAGGUCUAGAUCAUCGGCAGAUCGAUAUUCUCGGCCAAUUUGGCCCGCCUGAGCAAAGUCUCAUGGGUCUCAGAGUAUGGCCCUACGUCGGCUUCGUAUACCCACGUGGCAGUCAUCACACAGAUACCGGAUCGCUAGAUGAUCCCUUACCCUCCAUCUCGCUUUCCUCACUCACCAUAUCUCAGGCCGAGGUGGCGACCGUCUUCCAUCUUCCCCUUUCCGCAUUUACAUCCCCUGCCCGUAUCAGGCCUGACAUGUUCCGCGCUGCCAGCCCAUAUUGGGCCAUUGAUGUCUCUGACCUUGUGGAGGGGUUCGAGGGGGUAAACGAUCCAUCGGGACACUCGGGAGUGAGUGGUGGGAAGGAGGGACGUUUAGAAGUUUGGGGUUUGACAGGUUGGUACAUGUCAUUGCUCAUGCGAAUUUUAAAGGUAUACACCUAA